AUGGUGAAAUAUUUGAUAGAAGAGAAGAACGUCGACUCCUCGUGUCAAGAUGGGAAUGGUGUCACUCCACUUCAUGUAGCAGCUCAGCAUGCACCACUGGAGGUUGUGAAAUACCUCAUUGAAGAACGACAUUGUGAUGAUAGUGUUAGAAGUACGUUAGGAAGCCUUCCAAUCCAUUCUGCUGCACUGGGAGGUAGGUUAGAUACAGUGAAGUACCUGAUCAAUGAAAGAGGCUGUGACCCAAUGUGUAGAGGUCAGAAUGGUUGGACUCCUCUUCACUGUGCAUGUCAGGGUGGCAGACUGGACAUGGUGAAAUAUUUGAUAGAAGAGAAGAACGUCGACUCCUCGUGUCAAGAUGGGAAUGGUGGCACUCCACUUCAUGUAGCAGCUCAGUAUGCACCACUGGAGGUGGUGAAAUACCUUAUUGAAGAACGACGUUGUGAUGAUAGUGUUAGAAAUACGUUAGGAAGCCUUCCAAUCCAUUUUGCUGCACUGGGAGGUAGGUUAGAUACAGUGAAGUACCUGAUCAAUGAAAGAGGCUGUGACCCAAUGUGUAGAGGUGAGAAUGGUUUGACUCCUCUUCACUGUGCAUGUCAGGGUGGCAGACUGGACAUGGUGAAAUAUUUGAUAGAAGAGAAGAACGUCGAUUCCUCAUGUCAAGAUGGGAAUGGUUUUACUCCACUUCAUGUAGCAGCUCAGUAUGCACCACUGGAGGUUGUGAAAUACCUUAUUGAAGAACGACAUUGUGAUGAUAGUGUUAGAAGUACGUUAGGAAGCCUUCCAAUCCAUUCUGCUGCACUGGGAGGUAGGUUAGAUACAGUGAAGUACCUGAUCAAUGAAAGAGGAUGUGACCCAAUGUGUAGAGGUGAGAAUGGUUUGACUCCUCUUCACUGGGCAUGUCAGAGUGGCAGACUGGACAUGGUGAAAUAUUUGAUAGAAGAGAAGAACGUCGAUUCCUCGUGUCAAAAUGGGAAUGGUAUUACUCCACUUCAUGUAGCAGCUCAGCAUGCACCACUGGAGGUUGUGAAAUACCUCAUUGAAGAACGACAUUGUGAUGAUAGUGUUAGAAGUACGUUAGGAAGCCUUCCAAUCCAUUCUGCUGCACUGGGAGGUAGGUUAGAUACAGUGAAGUACCUGAUCAAUGAAAGAGGCUGUGACCCAAUGUGUAGAGGUGAGAAUGGUUUGACUCCUCUUCACUAUGCAUGCCAGGGUGGCAGACUGGACAUAGUGAAAUAUUUGAUAGAGGAGAAGAACAUCGACUCCUCGUGUCAGGCUAAGGAUGGCAUUCUUCCACUCCACAUUGCUGCCAGUAAUGGUCAUCUACCAGUAGUGAAGUUACUUGUUGAAGAUUACCAUUGCAAUCCUGGCGUCAAGGACAAGAAUGGGAUGACUCCAGGACAUUGGGCUCAGAGAAAGGACCAUGUCGAGAUAUCUUCAUAUUUGUCAUCCAUGGAGAAGGCCAUCCCUAGUAAGUUGGCAGUCAGUUUUGGCGGGGCAAAUCUUCUUAAUCACAUUCCCAGGGUGGCACUUCAGGGAAGUCCUAGUAGUAAAACAAUGACACUAAUGUCCCUCCCUGUGAAGACUAGUCCCUCCUUUAUUCCAGAGGACGCAUCAUUACUCAGGGAGUCAGAGGACGCCAGCCAUGAACAAGUUGAAGAGGACACAUCAUUACUCAGGGAGUCAGAGGACACCAGCCAUGAACAAGUUGAAGAGGACACAUCAUUACUCAAGGAGGCAGAGGACGCCAGCCAUGAAGAAGUUGAAGAAUCGUUUUCCAUAUAUCUCGAGGAGGCAAUGAAGAAAGGCUAUGUGGUUGUAAAGCUGGUGAAGGUGAUAGUAGUGGGUCCUGCAGGUGUUGGUAAAACCUGCCUCAUCUACCUCCUCCUUGCUAAAGACCCACCAGAGGAGAGACACAGCACCGGCUGUGCUGAACGAUCAAUACGAGUGAUACGUAUAGGCAAAGAAGGAGAGGAGUGGAGUGAAAUAUCGACUGAAGAGUUCAUGAAGAUGAUUGCAGAAGCAGUUCCUAUUCUCUAUAGUGAGCUUACGGCCAAAACAGAACACCCAGAAGAAGAAGAUAAGAUGGAAGAAGAGGUGAGUGGUGGAGGGAUUGAAGUAGCUAUGGAGAGUGAACCGGUUGAAGAACAUGAACAUGAGAUAGAGGGAAUGGUCGGAGAAGGCAACUUUGCUCAACAUAGUACUGAUCAGGGUAUGGCUAAAGACGAGUGUGGUAGUAGUGCAAAGAGUAGAAGAGAAGUCAUUGAUGAUGUGAUUCAGAGACUUACAAAGCUAGUGGGCAGUGGCAAGACAUCACGUCGUCUACUCGACAUGGAGAUGAUCUACCUAACAGACUGCGGAGGCCAGCAAGCCUACUGGGAUCUUGCUCCAAUCUUCAUGCGUGACACCUCGGCCACACUCUUUGUCCACCGACUGUGUGAGAAACUUGAUGAACACCCUCUCAACGAUCUUUACCAGAGUGGGAAGAGAGUUGGACCAGAAGAGAGAGCUAGGCUCACCACAUCACAGGCCUUCAAGACAAUGCUUCAAGGACUAGACAAAGAGGAAAAUCGUUCAAAGAUAAUUGUUGUUGGAACUCACAAGGACUUACUUCAUGAAUGUGGUGAAAAACCAGGAGAUAAAAAUGAUAUAUUGAAAACAAUUGCAUCACCACAUUUUGACGAUGACGUGGUUUAUUGCAAUGAAGGUAUGGAUGAUGUUUUAUUCCAGAUGAAUACGAAAACCCCAAAUGACGACGACAAAAAAGAGGCCGGCAAGAUUAGAACGAGCAUCCACAAAGUUGCCACCUACCACAAGAUACCAAUCUGGUGGUUUAUUCUCCAGAGAAUUCUUGAAGCCUUGGCAGAAAAAUUGAACAGAAAGGUCCUCACCAAAGAAGAAUGUGCCCACGUCUCAAAUAUUCUGGGGUUUACUGAAGGAGAACUUGAAGCGGCACUAUCCUUUCUUGACAAACUGAACAUUUUUCUGUACAAGAAAAAGAUUCUCCCUGAUUUAAUAUUCACUGACGCUCAGGUGCCUUUGGAUAAGUUGUCGGCUCUUGUUGAAAGACAGUAUUGCUUGAAAGUGGCCGAGAAAGCACCAGAAAAAGCUAUGGAUGUAGCAACAAGCGGCUGCAAGGAAUUUAGAGACAAAGGAAUUCUUACUGUCGAGUUUCUGAAAGGAGUUUAAAGAGCACUAUGUGAAUGGAAUAUUCACCGCAAACCACUUUAUAACUCUACUUGAAAAGCUGCUCAUUGUUUCAAAAUUGCCAGAAAACAAAUACUUUUUUCCAGCAAUUCUGAAUUGCAUCAGAGAAUCUCAAAUAAUAGAUAGUCUCACACCGCUUCAGAAAUAUCGCCACUGGUGGUGUGGUUCCCCACAGGCUGGGCUCCUCCUGGUGUCUUCUGCUGCAGUGUGUGCCACCUUCAGACACAGGCUGGCUGGGAAAUCAAGACACCAUCCAAAUAUGAUAGCGAAGAUGCACCAACAUACAAUUCACGCAAUUCCAUCACCUUUACGAAAUGUUCCACACCUGGUUCAAUGACAUUCAUUGACAACUUCUCAUUCUUUGCCAUCUGUUUGAAUGUUGACACCAGAAAAAUAGACGGAGGUAGUAUCAUCAAGCACUGCGAGAUGGUAAAGUCAGAUGUGUUUGCUGCCGUCAAAGCAGGCCUAGAGAAAACGCAUCACAGUAAGUCAAAGUCAGAUGUGUUUCCUGCCGUCAAAGCAGGCCUAGAGAAAAUGCAUCACAGUAAGUCAUGCCCGAAGCCUGCCUUUCUCUGUCCAGCUCACAAUAAUCUUCAAAACACUGAACUGCAUGUGGCACACAUCUCUGAGACAAAGCAAUGGAUCUGUAGUGAGAAUCCUAAUGAAUUCAAUAAUCUGACUCCAGACCAAACAGUGUGGCUUGGUGGACCAGCUCCAGCACCACUUCCACAGCCUUGUGGUGGAGAAACUAUAUCCCAAACAAACACAACAAUUCUUGACAAAGACGACUUGUUUGAUGUAAAGAGGGAGUUGCAGCCAGUAACUGACAGAUGGAAACACAUUGGACUGGCCCUCAGACUGGAUCCUAGCGAACUAAAGAAGAUAGAGAAAGAGAAUAGAGAUCUUGAUGACUGUCUGAUUGAAAUGCUGACUCUGUGGCUGAAUAAAAAUUACAACACUAAAAGAUUUGGAGAGCCAUCAUGGGAGCUACUGGCUAGUGCAGUAGAGAAUCGUGCAGGAGGGAAUAACGCUGCACUUGCUGAGAAAAUUACUCAAACAUAUGGAGUGACACAGGUGAUGGGCGUACCAGAGAGAGAUACCUCUCAAGACCAACAGUUCUGCAAAGAAAAAGAUGUGCCGGAAGUAUCUCUAGCCAACCCACAGGGCGCACUCGUUCAUCAAAACAGAGACACAGAGCAUCAAGCAUCAUCCCGUGGAGAGUAGGUCUCGAGGCCAGAACAAUUGGAAGUAAAUGAGACUGUCCCUCCAAUGGACACAGCUUCCCACCACAAGCUAAGACAGGAAUGAAACGAAAAAUGGAGGCAGAACCUUCAAAUCCAAGAAAAGGUCGACGGAUGAGUGAUCAAUGAAAAGGACACACUAUUCAAGAGUCACAGAAUCAGACUUGGUUAAUAUGUAGCUGCCCUAACGUGUCUGUCUUGUUAUCAUCUAAGAACAAGAGCGUUCGUAAACAUGAGUCUGACAGAAUCAACAUUAUGCGAAUGAUCUGCACAUGCUCAAACAAACACACUACACUAAUUCAUGUCCAGUCUCAUCUAAGACCGAGAGAGGAGAGGGGAAACCCCUCCCCCACAUGUUGUCCCAAGAGAGGGAGGAAGGAGA